AGCCGCCUCUCCUCUCUUCUCUUUAUAUGUACUCAAAUCUUCAAGCAACCAUGUGGGAUAUCCAUAGAUCAUAGUCUUCUCUCUAAUCUCGGAUUGACACUGAUAGAGAAGCCUUUUUUUCAAGUUUUGCCUGAAUGGCAUCGAAGAGAAUUCUCAAGGAGCUCAGGGAACUGCAGAGAGACCCUCCCAGCUCAGGCAGUGCAGGUCCUGUGGGAGAAGACAUGUUUCAUUGGCAAGCGACGAUCGUGGGCCCAAGUGACAGCCCUUACUGCGGAGGGGUUUUCCUUGUCACCAUUCAUUUCCCUCAUGAUUACCCUUUUAAACCUCCCAAGGUUGCGUUUAGGACCAAAGUCUUCCAUCCAAAUAUAAACAGUAAUGGGAACAUCUGUCUAGAUAUUCUCAAGGAGCAGUGGAGUCCUGCCCUGACCAUAUCCAAGGUUUUGCUCUCCAUUUGUUCUCUGCUUACAGAUCCAAACCCUGAUGACCCACUGGUGGCGGAGAUUGCUCAUAUUUACAAGACUGACAAAGCAAAGUAUGAAGCAAUGGCCCGUAACUGGACCCAGAAAUACGCUAUGGGCUAACUCCCUUGCCACAUAAAUAAGACAACGUUUUGCUUAUGUUCACUGUACUCCCUUCUCUGGGGUUUUAAUUAUGAACAUGGAUUAAAUAAAUGGCUGGAAUAAUUCUCAGGUA